AUGAAGCAAUUACAAUCGCAGCAACCGCAGCAUUACUGUGCAGCUAACCGAUGGUCCCACCGCGCCAUUUCGAGCGCUACUGCCUACGCAGUUGCACAACAGCUCACUUCGUUUCAACCCUACCGUGCGAUCCAUGUUAAGCGCAUAAUCAUGUCAACUUUUUUGGAAUCAGAUAAAUGGAUUGGAAAUGUCUAUGUCGUCUCGACUUUCGACCCUUUUGAAGAGCUGCAGCCAUAUUCAUGCGUGUUUCCACUUUCUGAAGGAGGCUUGUUACCAACGUGA